AAUAUUGAUAGCUGAUUAUUUGGAUGAACAUUUUCUAUGGCUGUCAUCUCACCAAAUUUUAACAAGUGGUUGGAACAUUUUCCGGUGAUUACUACUCCAAAAGUCCGGUUUUCAGGUUCAAGAAGUAAAGUCCGAUGCUCAAAUUCCAUGGAUUCCGGCAAAGCAAAAAUGAUGGAAUUCCCUUAUGCAUCUGCUCCCAUCAAGAAGCUGAUGGUGGAAUUGCUUUCCACUGUGGAUGACAAACUUGGAUCCUCGCUGCACCCCACUUCUACACUACCCUCUCACGCUCAACAUUUCGGGAAUUCCGCCGGCACCGCCCAAGCUUCACUCCACCUCAGAUCCGGCCUCCCUUCUUCUCAGAUUGAUUUGAUAUUGGGAGGUUGGAUACACUGCAAAUUGCCAUCAGGUGGAGCUCUCAACAUAACGACCCUCUCGGCCUACUUGACAUCUUCGACUGACGCGCCACACUUUCUGCUGGACCUCAUCCAGAGCAGUCCAACGUCCCUUGUGCUCAUCCUUGAUCUGAUGCCACGAAAAGAUCUUAUCCUCUAUCCCGAAUACCUCAAAUACUACUACGAAGAUACACAGUUGGACAGACAUAGGCAACGCCUUCAAGCGCUGCCAGAGGUUACACCUUACUACUCUCCAUCUCUUUACAUACGAGCUGUUAUUUCUCCAACGGCUAUUCUAGUCACCAUAGACGCCGGGGCUAGUGAAUCCAAAAGCAUAGAACAGAUAAUUGAAGAUGACAUUAGUCCAAUUUCCAAGGACUUGCUGCAUUUUUGGGCUGAGUCGUGUGCUUGUUCAGCGAGGGAGGUGGAUGCAUCUGAGAGGGCGUAUCUAGCCGAAAGGGAUCGAGUGAUUAAGAACAAAACUAUUGAGGUGGAUCUUGGCUCAAGUCUUCCAAGGCUGUUUGGGCAAGAAGUAGCUGAUAGAGUGUUGGAUGCUCUAAAAGAAUGUUACAAUAAGUAAUCUUCUUUUCUAAUUUGUCAAUAUGGGGAAUUCAGAUAUUCAUAUGCAUUUGUAGGAAGUGUGGGGCUAUGUAGUAAUCACUAUAUAUCUAGUAUUUUAGAUUGUGUGA